GCCGAGGGGCCGGGCCGGAGCCGACCCGCGGCUCGGCGCUGCCGGGGCGGGCAUGCACAACAAAGGCGGCGGGCGACGCGUCCCGGGCGGGCUCCGCAGAUUAUGUUAUAACCUAUGAGCACAGAAAGUCCUGAUCCUCAUGUUUCUCUGCUGUCACCUGUGGGCUCCUCCAGAGCCGUGAAGAAGGGGGAACUCCAGCCCCAUCAUGAGAAGACCGGGUGAGAAGUACCUGUGGCGUUUUGGGGAACAGCACACUUUGAGAGCUAGUUUUAAUUUAUUUUUAGCAGUUAUGAAGGAUGGAAAUUAUGUUCUUCAUUCAGUGGUGAACUACAGGAGCAGUUCUGCCUUCCCUCUCUGGGAUGAGAUUAGACAUUAUUUCAUUAAUGCAGGGAAAAUAUGCCAAUUUGAGCCCCUUUAAGCAAGGGAUGAAUAAAGCUCAUAGUGUGUUGGCAAAAUUGUCUUCCAGGCGAUACAGACUUCCCCCCAGAUAGAUGUCUGUUGGUGCAUCACAUGGCUAGGUGCCUGUGGUGUCUUAACCUUGAGGGAGUAACAAACCUCUUCAUUCCCCUCCUGAUCAAGGUGGCUGUGCUGUCUGAAUAGUUGGCCACAUGUGGGGGAUGCAGCUGUGUCACCCUGAUUCUUAAGUUUUUCUAAAGCCUUCUGAGUUUACAUUCUAUUGGAAAACUUUCCCACACAGUUUCUGUAAAUAACAUAUUGUUUUGCAUUCCUUCAUGGGGGUGGAAAAACUUGAUGUACUAGUAGUUUGUCCAAUGUCUUUGGAGAGGUGGCCCAUUCACUCUCCAAUCCACUGUCACCUUUGGAAAAGUAUAAAAGUUGGAGUCAGAAAAUAAACUCUCUCUUUUACCUUGCAAAGUAGCAGGUAGCUCGUGUUGUGCUUUCUCGUGUCCUAUAGCGACGCAGCUGCACUACAGAACAAGAUGCCUGGGCUAUAACUGAUUCUGUCUUGCUUUAUCAAGACCUCUUCCUGUGUGUUCAACCUGGUUGGUUCUUGCCUGGUUUAUUAUUAAAGACUCAUGCCCAGCUCUAUCUUGCCCUUAUGAAUCUCAGGCUAACCCCAUUUCCCUUGCCCCAUCUUACUCCGCUUUACAUAUGGCACUCACUCAUUCCCUUUGCCUCUGGUUGCCAAGGAAGGGAGUGGACUAGACUGUAGCAAACACUGAUGUCUUGUGUGACUGCUGGCAAGUCCAUGAGGCCUAAAUCCCUAAAAGAAAUCUAGAGUCUCUCCAUUCAGUGUAAGGAAGCUGUCCACUUCCAGCAAGGACUUAGCCACUUAGCCUUCAUCCUGCUGGCCUAAACUGGAAUUUAGGGAUUUAAUUCUCGACUCUGAACAUGUGAUUUUGUCACUUAGAUUCCCUGGGCCUUACAGUGCUGAACACAGCUCAUAGGAGGAGCCUUGAAAAGCAUAGCUUUCUCUUCUGGGGCCUCUGCUGAGCUGUUGUGGGAGGAUGAUCAUUUGAGCCUGUGGCUAUGGAGUCAGGAGGGUGCAUUUGUGAAAGUCUGUAAGAUACUUUGUCUCUGCACUGGAAAGGCCUUGGCAAUGCUUGGCUACCAUAUGCAAUCAGUAAACCAUAUAUAUCUUCCUUGUGAAGGGUGAAUCAUAGCAAUAAGGGGCUGCAAUGUGACUGUCAGGCACAAAACCACCACCUGUCAGCCUUCUUCUUCCUCCUUGCUACUUGAGUCUUCAAGGAGACCACAGUUAUGUCAUCCUUUCCUGGCCCAAGCAUCCCCUUUAACUCAUACACUCUUGUCUGCACCCCAUUUGAGGAAAAGAACCUCUCUUGUAAACCUGUUGUCUCCCUAGUGCUGCUGUGUGAGUAAGCUGAGCCUGCAGCUAGCACUUGUGAGCAUUUGUCUCUAGAGCUGAGCAAUGUUAUUGUGAGGGAGUUGCUGAGGGUAGGUAGGAAAAACUUCUCCAAAUUCAGACAGGUAGUGUAAGGCCACUGUUGGCUUGGCUAGAGAAGAAAAGGCUUCCCUGCCCCAAGCCCCAUAGCUCAUCGCCCAGUUACGCUGCUCUGCUCCUGCACAAGCUGUUGGUGUUGGAUUCUGCAUCCUCUGGAAGCAGACCUGCUGCUGCAUCCUGCGAGUCAGCACCCAGCUGCCUCAGUAACUCAUCUUUCCUUCCAUUCACAGGUCUUCUACGCAUGGCGACUCCACCCAUGUGAGAGCUCUCUUAUGUGAGUGCCCAGCAGCACACUUUGCUGUCUGUGGUCUGUGGACAUUGACUGGCAUCUAAGCGACACCCCAGCUCCCUCCUCUCCCCCUAGACGCCACUGUCCUAGAGCCUCCAUGUGCAUUUGCUAUGACAUACAUCAGUGUUGAUGAGAGACAGGAACACUGCCGGGUGAUCUCGAGCUGCCAAAAUAAUCAGCUCUGUGCACAACAUGGCUUAAAGGAUUUUUCAGUUAGCAGCAUGCAUCCACUAAAGAACCUAGACACUCAUAUUUUUUCUGGGGACUUCCACACUCUUGCCUACCACACAGGCAAGGCACGUUUGGUCAGUCCUGUGGAAAACCGGAUGUAUCGGAGUGUGGAAAACCUACACUGGGCAGCAGUUGCUGACUGUGGGCUGUAUUCUCACUGCCGGAGCCUGGAUAACGAGAUCAUCUUUCGCUGUAGAGGCACCAGUCAGUGGACAGAAGGCUGUGUGGAUGUGGCCCCAGUACAGAGUGCAUCAGACUCUCUGAGGAACCUUUCUCUCCGUGCUAAACAGACAUCUCGAUCCGCACAGGAUGUGCUCCUGCCUCCCUUUGCCAAAGUGCCUCAGUGGCUCUUCCCUUCCGCACAGGAACGAGCCCUACAGGGGGAUGCCAGAAGAGAGCUGAAGGAGAAGCUGAGGCUGCACAGCAGUAAGGUGGCAGAGCCCUGUAAGCCCGUGCGCCCACAGGUGGCCCUGCCGGAGCUGAUGGCCCAGGAGUGCUUUGGAUGCCAGGCGUGCCGGCAGGGCAGGAACGGCUGUGCUGUGAACUGCUGCACGCUUCUGGUGGAACACACAGCUCUCAGGCACAGCCUCACAGCGGGACAGGGACUGUGCUUUGCACACAGGAUCAUCAGCCCAGAAGACAUCAAGCAGGAAGCUCAGAGGAGGCUUCAGCUCCGAAGGCAGAAUAGCUCCCCGAAUUUGCCCCUUCAGCACGCUGGGGAAAGCCAUGACAUGAGCAAAACCAGAACAGCAGAGAUGGUAGAACAGUACAGUGGGGAAACAGAUGGCAAAGUCACAUUGGGACAGAGCAAGAAAGGCCGCUGCAAAGGGAGACUCUACAUACCCACCUUUGAGGAAUUCAAGCAAAUGAGAAGUAAGGAGGAAAAUUCAUCUGACAGUAGCAGUGGGCCAGCAGAUUGUUUGAAAAAGGGUCUGCCUGCAAACCAGACACUGGAGGAGGAAAACAGUAAGAAUGUCUGUCCAGAAGCUUUAGAGACCAAAGCUGUGAAUGAACCUGCUGUCAGAGCAGAGGAGGAUGAUGAUGUAUUUCAUGAAAACCACACCUCUGCUGGCUUUUCCCAAAACCCAGACACGUGGGGUGGUUUCAAGAUGAGCAGUCCUGAGGUGAAGGACAGAACCUUCCAGACCUCCAUCCCAGAUACAUCACCAGUCCCUAUUUGUUCCAGUCCUAUUCCACGAUCACCUCUACAGGCAGGAACAAUACACAGUGCUGGGCAGGAGAUCUUCAGUGAUGAGCAGCAGAAAGGAGAAACAAGACAAUUAAAUGAUGUCCUCCACCUUGCAGGGCAGUCACUGGCUUCUGAAGCCCAGUCCUCUUGCUGUUCAUCGCUGCUGUUAGAAGCCACAGACUUAUCCAGCUAUGGAGCUAAGCUACAAAAAAUGAAGGAUGAAUUCAUAGGUUCGGCCUUGGAACUUAUUAAGAAAAGCUGCAAUGCCGAGACUGCUGCCAAAUCCCCCUCCAAGGGGCGGUGUGAUCUGAGGGAAGCUGAUCUCCCACCUCUGGAGGACAGCCAGCAGCCCACAGCGAUGUCCAUGGCAACAGAGACCUGGGAGGACAAGCCAAGCAAUGAGACAUCCAGUGACACUCCACCUGCAGGGAAUACCCCCAGUCCUGCCUGUCGCCGAUCCAGCUCCGACAUCGUGCAUGAGAGCACGGAUGGUGCCAAGGCCCAGCGGGAGUGCCGCCUGCGGCCGCACUUCAGUGACCCGAUGCCAGCAGACUCGGUGAAGAGGAAGCAGCUGGAGCUGAAGAUCGCGGCUGCGGCGCGGCAGCACGCACAGAAGCGCCGGCAGGAGCGAGACUGUGGUCCAGUGGUGGCAAAAGCCAACCUUGGCCAUGGUGGCAGCUUUGAUGAGACCCGACGCACCCCACGGGGCUCCCUCCGCUCCAGACGUCACUGGAGCAACGUCAGCAGUCUGAGCACGGACAGCGGGAUUGUUGGUGUGAACGAUGCCCGGGAUGACCUGGAUCCCACUGCGGCCACCCGGACCAAGCCAGCGGAUGUGGAGAGGGCAGAUAGUGGCAUUGGGCAGAUGCCAGCCAGGAAGUGGAGGAACAGGGCAUCUGAAACACUGAGCUCCCUGCAGGCCUGGGAAGCCCACCGUCCCUGCACCGACUGUGGAGAAAGGGACCUCCCGGUGGAGACAGAUGUUCAGAACUGCAACCAGAGGCGGGCUGAUCUCUGCGAGAAGUGCCGCAAGCGCAGGACGGAGCGCAAGGAAUCUGUGCUGGAGUUUGUCAACACGGAGGCCAGCUAUGGAGAGGACCUGCGCAUCAUCAAAGAGGAGUUCUACCUCCCCAUGCAGGCAGCUGGGCUGCUGAGCCAGGAGCAGCUCCAGGGCAUCUUCAGCAACAUCCAGGAGCUCAUUGACCUCAAUGAGAACUUCCUGGAGAUACUUCAAGAAGAGAUUGAUCAGGCCUUUGAUCAGGGGGACGAUGACCUGAUGACCGUGUGCAUCGGAGAAAUAUUCCUGGAAUUUGUGAACAUGCUGCCAGCCUUUCAGACAUACUGUCUUCAGCAGUCCUCCUCUGUGAAUAUGCUCAACGCUCUGGAGAAGGAGAAGGAGUUGCUCAGAAUAUUCCUCAAUGUCUCCCAGAAUGACAACACAGCACUGCGGCGGAUGAACUUGAGGUCCUUCCUGAUGGCCCCUUUGCAAAGGGUCACCAAGUACCCCCUGCUGCUCAGCAGAAUCAUCAAGGCCACCACCGAGUAUCACCCAGACCACGGCAGCCUGCGGGAGGCCAAGAGCCGCAUCGAGUCCCACCUGGAGCAUAUCAACAUGAAAACCAAGCAGGAGGGGAACACGUGGACCCUCCGAUCCUUUCGCCAGGACAGCAAGAAGAAGAGGGAAGUCAUCAACAUUGAGAUGAGAGAAACUGCCCUCAAAACUGUUGGUUGGCUGCGGGAGGAAACGCGGUUUGUGAUGGAGGGGUCUCUGCAGCUGGCCCAGCCCCCUGAUGGCCAGUGGGUGAAGAAGGGCAGCAAGACCUUGAAGUUCCAGAACAUGCAGGUCCUCCUCCUGGUGAACAUGAAGCGUGUGUCUGAGUCCAGCCUGGAAUCAGCUGAGCCAGGGCCUGUGAAGGACGCAGUGCUGGUACUCAUCAGAGACAAAAAUAACGGGAAGUUCCAUUUGCUCAGGGAGCCCUUGAGGCUGAGUAAUUGCAUCGUCUCCACUGAUCCCGACUGUGACGACACCUUUGAGCUCAUCGAGAUCAGGCGGGAGGCGUUUGUGUUCCGGGACAGCGACCGGGCACGGACUCACCACUGGUUCAGGCAGAUCAGGCGCUACUCCAGGGAGCUGGGCUCCUGGAAGAAGCGGCGGAACGCACUGCCCAACAUCAUGAUCAGCACUCCUCACACCAGGCCCUGAGUCCUGCAUGGGCAGGCUUGGCUUGACCAGUGACGCCUGCACAGACCAUCAAGAGCCCCACUGACCUGAACUUGCUCCAUGGACAACACAGGGAAGAGCCUGGUCCCCAAAGACUCUUACUAGCACUGGAAGCAAAUGCCACAGCCUGGUGCUGAGCUCCAGCCUCUGGACUCAAAAUAGUUUGAGGCUCAUGUACAUACAGAGAUGGGCUCCACUCGAGGAGAUCACUGAAGGAUAAUAAUUUAACUUGUUAAUGUUGCACUGCAGGAGAAUGAUGUAUGAUGCUUGCCAUUGCAUGGAUCGUGUUGAAAGCCAGUCUUGACAAUGAGAGAGGUUUCCACUAUUGACUAUUUCAUCAACAUUAGGUAAAGUCCAGGUAUUCAGCAAAAUUAGGUGCAGUAUUAUGCAACAGAGGAUGAAAGCUGGAAAAAUUGUUUUCCACCACAACUCCUAAGGACUGUGUUUCGUUAUUCACCUCUGUAUAUUCAGUCAAAACACUUGUUUAAAAAGAAAGGCCUUUCAUCUUUAAUCCAAAUCAAGUAGGUAUCAAUUUGCUCAGAUUCAGCUGCAUGCACACAGCAAAAAAAAAAAAAAAAAAGGAUUAAAAAAAAAGAGCAAAUACAUAAACCCCACAUAUGUGUAAAACCUGUAGAAGAGCAGCGCACUCCCAGCAAGAGUCUAUUAUUUAACUGACUUAGGGACUGGAACAUAAUGCUGCAUCUGAAAGAUCUCAGAAGUAUAUGUAAAUACAGCUCUGCUACCACUGAGAGUGAAUUUAAGAGUUUGCAACUAUUUAAAUUAUGUAAUCUAGUGUAUCUCAAAUUUUAAUUGAAAGGAACAAUUUACAUUGUACUGUAGAGUAACAUAAAAUGUUUUAAUAAUUAUGUUUUAA